UCCUAGAAUUUGCAGGUUAAUUGCCACUCCCCUACAAAAGGUGGUAGCAGGCAACGUGUCGUCUCCCGCUCAAUGUUUGCCUUCUGCUCUGCUCUUCAUAUACAUCACUAUAUAUAUAUAUAUAUAUAUCUUCAAUCCAAUUCCUUUUCCCAUUGGAGAUCAUAAUGGCUUUCAGGACACCUAGUCAUUGGAGAACAAUGCUUACCCGAUUUGGAGAGAAGCGAUCGUUUGCAUCAGCCACCACUCCCAAGUUUUCACGGGGCGUGGAUAACGCCCACUCUGCUCGCCCUGCUUACAACAAAUAUGCUAUGACGGGGGAAUUUGCGCCAGUGUAUGUGGUGGUAGGCAUGGUGGUGGUAGCGAUUUCCAUAGGAUUGCACACAGUGAAGCAGCAGCUGGUGCAUUCCCCAGGAGUUAAUAUCACCAAGAAGAGGAGAGAAUCGGUUCCAGAGGUGGAUAUUCCGGACACCGUGGCUGCUAAUGGCGACAAAUUUAUCAACAAAUCAUUCCUCAGGAAGGUUGCUCAAAUCAAAGAUGAUAAACGCACCCCUUGA